CGCGCUUGCUUCCCCAAGAUGGCGGCCGGUAAGGAAGAUUGUGGUUUGGGAGAAGUGGCCGGAGGGAACGGGCGGCGGCUCCACCUGGGGAUUCCUGAGGCCGUUUUCGUGGAAGAUGUAGAUUCCUUCAUGAAACAGCCUGGGAAUGAGACUGCAGAUACAGUACUGAAGAAGCUGGAUGAACAGUACCAGAAGUAUAAGUUUAUGGAGCUCAACCUUGCUCAAAAGAAAAGGAGGCUAAAAGGUCAGAUUCCUGAAAUUAAGCAGACUUUAGAAAUUCUAAAGUACAUGCAGAAGAAAAAAGAGUCCACCAAUUCACUGGAGACCAGGUUCUUACUGGCAGAUAACCUGUAUUGCAAAGCUUCAGUUCCUCCUACUGAUAAAGUGUGUCUGUGGUUGGGGGCGAAUGUAAUGCUUGAAUAUGAUAUUGAUGAAGCUCAGGCGUUGUUGGAAAAGAAUUUAUCGGCUGCCACAAAGAAUCUUGAUUCUCUUGAGGAAGACCUCGACUUUCUUCGAGAUCAAUUUACUACCACAGAAGUCAAUAUGGCCAGGGUUUAUAAUUGGGAUGUAAAAAGAAGAAACAAAGAUGAUCCUACCAAGAACAAAGCAUAAUGCUGGCAAUUAAAAAUGUGGUUCAAUUUUCCAAACAUGUUAUUUUAAAUACCCCAAAGUUUAUCCUUAAAAGUUGACAUAACUUUAAAUAAUUUUUAACAGCAAGAAUGACUAAAAUUUUAAAAAAAGAUAAACACCACUUUAUUUAUUUAUAAAAACAAAAUUAGUUUCAAAUAUUUUAUGAAAUUUGCAGUAUUUUUAUUUUUAUUUUUUGCAUUUCCAACAAAGUAAAUGCUGC